GUUGACAAAAAAACGUACUUCCUGUUUCUAGUAAAACAUUUCGAGACAUGUAAAUCCACGAAGUGUUCAUUUGAAAAAUGAAGUCCCCAUGGAUCCCAUGCUGUCUAGGUUUACUGUUGUUGUUUGAUGUGUGCUAUGCCUUGAAUGGUGACAAAAGGCCGAAUUUUGUCCUGAUGAUGGUCGAUGACUUGGGGAUUGGAGACUUGGGCUGCUAUGGGAACACAACCUUGCGGACCCCCAACAUCGACAUGCUGGCUCAGGAGGGGGUGAGGCUGACGCAGCACAUCGCUGCGGCCCCCCUCUGUACGCCCAGCAGGGCAGCCUUCCUGACGGGCCGAUACCCGAUACGAUCCGGUAUGGCUGGCCUUGGACGCUUAGGGGUUUAUAUCAUCUCUGCUGCAUCCGGCGGUCUUCCCAGUGAAGAAGUCACCUUUGCCAAGGUGGCCAAACAACAGGGCUACGAGACUGCUCUCAUAGGAAAAUGGCACCUUGGUCUUCACUGUGAGAGGAACGAUGACUUCUGUCACCACCCCAGUGCUCACGGCUUCGACCACUUCUACGGUAUAACCCUGACCAACCUACGUGACUGUCAGCCCGGCCACGGCUCCAUCUUUACCAAUGUCCAAGCACACAUACCAUUCAAGACCCUGGGAGUGGGUGUGGCUACCGUGACCCUCCUGCAUGCGAGGGGUGUGGUCACCGUGCGGAGGAAGUUGGUGCUGAGUGCGGUGGCGUUGGUGGGCGCGGCGGCGGCCAUCUUUGGCACAUUCGUCGCCACGUUCCCCUACUUCAACUGCUUUCUGAUGAGGAACCGGGAAGUGGUGGAGCAGCCGUAUGUCUCGGAGAACCUGACCCAGAGAAUGACAGAUGAAGCAGUGGACUUUUUAGAAAGGAACUCUGCACUACCCUUCCUGUUGUUCUUCUCCUUCAUCCAAGUGCACACGGCCACGUUUGCAUCGCCAGCCUUCCAGGGGACCAGUCAGCACGGUAUCUAUGGAGAUGCUGUCCACGAAGUAGACUGGAGUGUAGGUCAGCUCAUGCAGACUCUGGACCGGUUGAACCUGAGGGAGAACACACUGGUGUACCUGACCUCAGACCAGGGUGCACACCUUGAGGAGAUCUCAGUCCGGGGGGAGGUGCACAGAGGCUGGAACGGGAUAUACAAAGCCGGGAAAUCCACCAAUUGGGAGGGGGGGAUCCGAGUUCCAGGACUGCUCCGUUGGACUGGGAUGUUACCUGCAGGGAAAGACAUUGAUGAGCCCACCAGCAACAUGGAUAUCUUCCCUACUGUGGUGAAGCUAGCCGGAGGGACGGCACUGGGGGACAGAGUGAUAGACGGUCAUGACCUCAUGCCCCUGCUGCAGGGGAAAGUUGAGAGAUCAAAGCACGAGUUUCUCUUCCAUUACUGUAACGCCUACCUCAACGCUGUCAGGUGGCAGCCUCCCAACAGUUAUUCAAUAUGGAAGUUGUUCUUUUUCACUCCGGACUUCUACCCCGAGAACGGGACAGCCUGCAUGCAUACCCAUGCCUGUUUCUGCACCACAUCCUACGUGACCUACCACGACCCCCCUUUGCUCUUUGACCUCUCCCGCGACCCCUCGGAGACCACACCCCUGACCCCAGACACGGAACCUGCCUUCCACUCGGUCCUGGAGAAGAUCCUGGCCGCGGUGGCUCUCCAUAAGGAGUCCAUCACCCCCGUUCAGGACCAGCUCGCCCCGGGACACGUCCUAUGGAAGCCCUGGUUGCAGCCCUGCUGCUCCUCCCUGUCCCAGCUCUGCAGGUGUGAGAGAGAUGGUGGGAGACACGGCCACCGGAGCACUGCGGCGGCAGAGGCAGACUCUCCACAGGACCAGCACAUCAUUGCUUAACACUGAGGGGAGGGUAACGUAGGAACCCAGAACCAAUCUUUUAGUAGGUAUGUAAACAAUCUGUGACAAGAGACAAACGGCAGGGAAAUGACCCCCAUUUAAAUGUUUGAUUUAACCAGGUAGGCCAUUUGAGAACAAGUUCUCAUUUACAACUGCGACCUGGCAUUUUAACUGGGCUUGUGGGUAGAAGUGACUUGGAUCUACUUUACGUGUGUAUGUGACUUCACUGGGUGAGCUGUAAUAACAGACAUUUUAGUAUUUGGCCUCUCAGGAACACAUCCCGUAAAAUAUCCAGUAAAUUGCGUUGCCUACGCUUGCUCCCUGAGGGGUUUAUGCAGAUGCUGCUGUUUGGACUAAAAUGUAUUUUAAAGCACUUUUUGACAAAUGUAUUUGUAAAAAAAAAAAGAAAAAAAGAGCAAUAUGAAUCAAAUGUGAUUGUUGAGGCCAGUCCUUAAAUAUAUAAAGUAACCAGUAUAUAUAGAGGAGAAACCUAGCACAUUGUACAGGAGAGGAGAGCAACUCGAUGCACUGAUUAGCACAAGGUCCACCUCAAGUUGGGGAAUUUCUGGUCUUAUUCUCCGAGGCACUACAAUAACACUGUGUUACCCUUGCAGGGUACCGAUGAUCAUUUAAUCACUGUUCAUCAUUUAGACUCUACGGCACAUAUGUCAGAGUCAAGGCCCGCGGGCCACAUCCGGCCCGCGAGAAGGUUUUUUACGGCCCCUGGGAUGAUCUUGAUUUAUUAUUAGAACCGGCCCGCAGACCGCAGCAAGCCGGCAGCCCGCAGAUCUUUUACACGCACCAAUACUACAUUUCCCACAAUGCAACGGUGACGCACCGAGCAGUAGGCUGCUUCAUUUCAAUAUUUAUUGGCACAGCAGUCGUCAGCAUCACAGUAAAAUUAACUUUCAGAUACCCAUCAAAAAUGGCAAAACGGAAGGUGGACACUGAGAACCGGGGUUUCAAACAAGGUGGGAGUCGGAGUAUAUGUUCACGGAGGUAGCUGGAAAACCUGUGUGUCUUCUGUGUGGAGAAAGUGUGGCGGUACUGAAAGAGUAUAAUCUGAGACGACAUUAUGAAACGAAACACGCGGACAAAAACAAGAAUAUGGACAUGGAACAAAGGCUACAAAAGGCAGAGGAAUUAAAACGAGGCCUCAAAUCUCGACAGGCUCUGUUCAAAAAAGCC